AUGCAACAGCCAAGUCACUUCAUCCAAUUUUUNGGUUUGAUGACAAUCCAACGAGUGGAAUCCGAAGAAAAUACCUGUCCUGCGGAGAUUUUUACAUAUAAUGUUUUUCAUUAUUCCGACACCGCCGCAAACAUUACUCUUUUAUACGGCUGCCCGAGCAGGGGAUUUGCGGAUAAAAGUUUCACUUGCAAAAAGGAUCAAAGUGAAACUUUUGCUGUGUUCGGUAACAAUGAUGAAUAUCAUUGUAGGGGAAAAGUUGUUGAAGUCCCGGUUGAGAAGAAGGCUCGGGAUGAACUGAUUCGUGGAACCAGGGCUCUCGAUAAAACUUUAUUUGAACCGUUUGAAACGAGAUACUUUGCAUUCGAUGACUAUUGCCGGCCAUGCAAGAAUUCCGGUGGCAGAUGUGGAUUCAACACGACUUCAACGAAAGUAUUUGUCUGCUAUUGUCGUGAUCGUCCACAUCUAAUUAAAUGCGAACCUGGAGGCAAAGGUUUCAGUCUUGGAGUAAAGCUUGCCAUAGUUAUUGCAGGAAUUUGUCUACUGAUCACCGGUGUCAUUACAAUCUAUUUCAAAUACAUUAAAACAAUGGGCUUUCUCAAGAAGUUCACAAAGAGUGAUCUAGAUAUCGAGGCUUUUUUAAAAAAUAAUGAAACUUUAGCUCCCAAAAGAUACACUUAUUCAGAUGUCAAGAAAAUGACAAACUCAUUUAAAGAAACACUAGGGAAAGGUGGCUAUGGAAGUGUGUACAAAGGGAAGCUACUAGAUGGCCAUCUUGUUGCUGUGAAAUUGCUUAAUACAUCCAAAGGAAACGGUCAAGAAUUUAUUAAUGAGGUUGCAAGCAUUAGUCGAACUUCCCAUGUUAAUGUUGUUACCCUUCGAGGAUUUUGCUUAGAAGGUAAUAAAAGAGCUCUGAUUUAUGAGUUCAUGGCCAAUGGAUCUUUAGAAAGAUUCAUUUACAAAGAGAAUACUAAUUUGAAAGAACAUCGACGCUUGACAUCAGAAGAAUUGUACCGAAUUGCAAUUGGAAUAGCCCGAGGGCUUGAGUACUUACAUCGAGGGUGCAACACAAGGAUUUUGCAUUUCGACAUAAAACCUCAUAACAUUCUUCUAGAUGAAAAUUUUUGCCCAAAAAUCUCUGAUUUUGGGCUUGCAAAAUUGUCAAACAUGAAAGAGAGUAUCGUAUCAAUGUUGGAAGCUAGAGGAACAAUUGGUUACAUAGCUCCAGAAGUGUUUUGCAGAAAUGUUGGAGGUGUUUCGCAUAAAUCAGAUGUCUAUAGCUAUGGAAUGAUGAUCUUAGAGAUGGUUGGGGGAAGAAGGAACAUAGAUGUCAAGGUAAGUCAAACCAGUGAGAUAUAUUUUCCUCAUUGGAUUUAUCAGCAUCUUGACCAAGGCAAUAUCAAACCAGAAUUACUAGGCCUCAUGACUAGAGAAGAAACUGAGAUUGUGAGGAAAAUGAUAUUAGUCGGCUUGUGGUGCAUACAAACAAAUCCACUAGAUAGGCUUUCAAUGACUGAGGUGAUCGACAUGUUGGAAGGAAGCGUAGAAGCCUUGCGAAUUCCACCUAAGCCUUACUUGUCUUCUCCUCCAAGAUCAACCGUAAUGGAUUCUACCUCCUUAUCAUUACCAUGAUAUAUGCAUUUUCAAAAUAUGUAAUAUAUAUACUUAUUUUGACAUUUUUUUUUUGCUCUAAACAAGUCAAUUGUAUUAAUAAAAUGGCUUUAAAAACCUCACAAUUCAAAUCCUUAAA